GUUGGCAAAAAUGGGCGGAAUGUCAGGUAUGCGUCAAGUAGGCGAGCGUCGGUAGUUUGCUGGCUUCGCGCAAGCUGUACGCCUCAUUGUGUGUACGUAGACCGUAAAACUCGGCUGCUGGUCCACUUUCGGAUUUAGUAAGCUAGCGAAUAGUUCUAAUUAUAUGCUCAUGGAUAGGAGAGAAGAGAGAAGAAAACACCGACUGACAUAUCCGGGGACGAAUAGUAGUAGUACAGCGGCGGAAAGUCAGAUGUUGCACGAUUACAAAGACGCUGCCGCCGCGUCGACCGGUAGCGGCGGCGGGCAGCCUGUGCUCGAGCGAGGCGGGUCCCACGAGCGGGCCGACUCGAGAGAAAAGGAGGGAGAACGGCUCAGGAGACAAACACCGCCUGCCGACGGAGGCACAAGCUCGCCCAGAAUGCAAAACCGUGUCACUAGCAGUACGCCGACAAAACACCUAUCCUCCUCGCACCAGGGCUCCGCCAACCGAGCGCACCAGAGCAACGUGAGGAAACAACACCUCGAGACGAUACGGCGAGAUCUGCAGCAGUUCAAGGACAAACGGCUCUCGGACCCCGGUUUCCACGCGGCCGGGAAGGAGACGGUGGACAAGAAGAUGCUGGAGGAAUUGAUCAACAGCUACGGAUACAGCGAGAAUGCAGCUGUGAUGGCACUGGUGGCUUGCAACAGUUCAGGAGUUGAAGCAGCACUGGACGUCCUGUCAAAGAAGCUCACCUCCAUUCAGGAGAGGGGGACAAGACCGGCCAGCGGCGACGGCAGCACCACGGCACUGAGACACGGCGACAAAACCCCGACUCCGGAUGAUUUCACCGCGACUCCCCCCGCCGUGGCGACGGCCUCGUCUCGCUCGGGGUCCGGCUCGGGGCGGUCACGCGACUCCUGGCAACAGCAGCAAUCGCCCGAGAAACAGACUCAGAUUCUCCCGAAACAAGAGAGCGUCGGUCGCUACAACCUGUCAGACGCCGGGCGAAUAUCGCCAGUUCUAGUCCCCGGGUACCAGACUCCCAUAAACCUCAACAGCGAUCUCCCUCCACCGCCUUCCAUCACCGCCAAGCAACCCCCUCCCUCCUACUCCUCUCACAUAUCUCAGCAACAGUCGCAGAAAAAGUCGUCUCCCACGAGUCACAUGCACGUACAGAUACCCACCCCCACACAACUGCAGACGCAGUACGAGUCAGACGCCUGCUACGACUCCUCACCCACGCGAACCUCGCCCCCCAUUACCCAGACGAGCCCUCCCACCCCACUCACCUCACAGGACUCCCGCACGCACGUUCACGUAUCCCCGCCGCCCGAAGUCCACCCGACCUCCUACUCUCCUUUCUCCGCUCCCUUCUCGUCCUCGUACAACUACAAAACGAUGCGAGAGGUCGACGAACACGCGUACCGCUCGGCCCAGCGACUCACUCCGAGCAGCGCGGAGCUUUCAGACAGCGGCAUCGAGGAAGAGACGACCCCCCAGAGACCGUCGGUACCCCCGGAAGCCUUCAAGUUUUUCAUCGAGCAGCACAUCGAGAACAUCUUCCGUGCCUACCAGCAGCGCCAGCAACGGAGGAUGAAACUGGAGAUGGAAAUGGCGAAGAGAAAUCUCGACGAGAACACGUCAGAGCAGAUGCGACGUAUCCUGUACCAGAAAGAGUCCAAUUUUCUACGGCUCAAACGUGCGAAACUCCACCACGACAUGUUCGACACGGUCAAGCCUCUCGGAGUCGGAGCUUUCGGGGUGGUUACGCUCGUGAGGAAAACGGACACAAAGAAGCUGUAUGCGAUGAAGACCCUCCGUAAAGUCGACGUCCUCAGACGGAACCAGGUCGCGCACGUGAAGGCGGAACGAGACAUUCUCGCGGAGGCCGACAACGAAUGGGUCGUGAAGCUCUUCUUCUCGUUUCAAGACAGCGAAAGCCUCUACUUUGUGAUGGAGUACAUCCCCGGCGGCGACAUGAUGAGCCUCCUAAUCAAGCUGGGCACCUUCCCCGAACACCUCACCCUCUUCUACAUCGCCGAGUUGGUCUGCGCCAUCGAAUCGGUCCACCGGAUGGGGUUCAUCCACCGAGACAUAAAACCCGACAACAUCCUCAUUGGUGCCGACGGACACAUCAAGUUGACCGAUUUCGGGCUGUGUACGGGUUUCCGAUGGACGCACGACUCCAAACACUACCAGCCGAAGGGGCAGCACAACCGACAGGGGAGCAUGGAGCCGCAAUACGACGAGAGUCUCUGCCAGCCGAUGAAACCGCUGGAACUGCGUCGGAUGCGAGACCACAAUCGCUGCGUCGCGCACUCUCUCGUCGGGACGCCCAACUACAUCGCCGCGGAGAUCCUGCAGAGGAACGGGUACACCCAGUUGUGCGACUGGUGGUCGGUCGGGGUGAUAAUGUACGAGAUGUUGGUCGGGCAGCCCCGUUCAUGGCUCCCACGCCAGCCGAGACACAAGUCCGCAUCAUUAACUGGCAAGACAACCUCCACAUACCGCGCCACGCCGCCAUGUCACCUUCAGCGGCCGACCUCAUCCUCCGCUUCUGCUGCAACCCCGCAGAGCGCAUCGGGUCGAACGGCGCCGAGCAGAUCAAACGACACGCUUUCUUCAACGCAAUCGACUGGUCUGUCGGGAUUCGAAGCUACGAGCCGCCGUACAUCCCAAAGAUAUUGUACGACGCGGACACCUCUCAUUUCGACCCCAUCCCCCAGAGCCAACUACAGCGGCUCCAGACACCAAAACACGACAUGUCUUCUCUCCCGAAAGACCAGCCCCUCCACGCAUUCUACGACUGGACCUUCAUACGUUUCUACCCCGAAAGGUCGGGCGGCUCUAAGAAACCCACCCUCACACCCUCACAUCACAACCACCACCAUCACAAUUCCAGCUCUUCGUCGUCGUCCUCGGCAACGGCGUCCGAACGACAGCCACAGAACACUCCGCCCACCGCGGGGCACAUGGGCUCGUCCCGAGACCCCAUUCCACCACGGGAACGGGACCGGAAAAAAUCCAAUCCACAACCGGUGUAUGUAUGAGUGGCGGUUUGUUGUCUGUCCCAUCUGACCAAUUUUUGUGUUAGUUUUUUGUGCUUGGAAGAUUUUUUCUGGCUAUAUCUAAAAUCAUCGCCUUGUUGUGAAUUUUUGAAGUUCAUCUUUGGUUUUUGUGUUGCAAUUUUCUUAGUCUUGAGUUUAUCGCUCUCUCAUUUUCCGUGCUCAUUGUCAAUUUUUUUAGUCUCAGAAAAAACAAAUUUCUAUUUAUUCGAACACCUAUUUCUUAUUCCACUCCUUUUUUUUUCCAGUUUUUUACUCCCCAUUUCUUUCACCACUAUCUCUUAUUUGUAACAAAUUUUUCCGUCUAUAUUAUGUGAACCCAUAUAACAGCAGAAUAUUGCACACACACACACACAAACUCGAGCAUUUUCCGAAAAAUAUGAGUUUAUGAAUUC